CCUCUGCGCGGGCGCGCGGGGGGGGCGGUGCACCACGAGUCCCGUGAGCCUCCGCGGCGGGGCGCACUACGAGUCCCAGUGGUCUCCGCGGCGGGAGCGGGAUUAAAUUCACUUCUGAGGAAAAACAAACAAAAAAUAAACAGAGCAAAACAGAACAAAAAAUAAGCUAGCAGAGUGGUCAGUAGCAGCUCAAUGGACCUGGCUCUGGAAAGCAGCGAGUUUGUAAACAGAGUGUGGGUUCAGUGUGAGAAUGAAAGCUGCCUGAAGUGGAGGCUGCUGUCUCCUGAGGCUGCGGCCAGGGUGGAGCGCAGCGAGCCCUGGUACUGCUUCAUGAACGCUGACUCCAGCUACAACAGCUGCUCAGUCUCCGAGGAGGAUUUCCCAGCAGAGUCUCGGUUCCUUGAAAGCGGGUAUAAGAUUGUCUAUUCACAGCUUCCUCUGGGAAGCCUGGUUUUGGUGAAAUUGCAGAAUUGGCCAACUUGGCCAGGAAUACUUUGUCCUGAUCCUUUCAGAGGGAAAUAUGUGGCCUAUGACCAGGAUGGAAAUGUUGACAAGUAUCACAUAGAAUUUCUGGGUGACCCCCACUCAACGGCAUGGAUAAGUGCAACGUUUGUGGGGCACUUUAGUCUCUCGCUAAAGACUGCAGAAUGUACACAUAAAAAGAGGUGGUAUAGAAGUGCCCUUGAGGAGGCGUACCAGCUCUACAGGCGUUCUCCUGAGCAAAGACUAGACGUGUGCUGCCUGUCCAAACGGGAUAGAACGAAAGCGGGUGCCAAAGCUGCUGUGGUGGCCAGGAAAAGGAUGCAAGUUUCCAAAAAUAAUACUGAAAAGAAAAAGCCCAAGGUUAGAAAGAGGAAAAGGAAUGCUGCUUUAAGAUGCUCUGUUGAAAAUGUUUGUUCUGAUGAAGCCUUAUCAAAGGAAAACAUGGUUGUCUCUGAGACAGAAGGUUUACUGAAAGAACUGGAGAAAAUGCUGCAGCAGGUACAAGAGCCCACAGCAAGAGCUAAUGAACCAGGACAAGAACAGCUGUCUCAGUGCCACCUGGAAGCUCCCAUGGACAGUCCGUUUCAGAGCUCCCAUGAAGAGGACUGUAUGAACGAUGGGACAGGACUAAAAGCUGGAGAAUGUAUUGAGAACAUUACUACCAGUUUAAAAAAGAUAGAUGCCUUCAUAUCUGAACUUUAGGAAGCUAAUCAAUUAUUUCCAAAAGUUAAUUAUAAAAACACUAGCAAUCUUAUAUUUUCCUGUCAAACACUUAAAAAUUUUUAGUUAAAUAGGCAGACAAAAUAAACAUUUCUUAUAAAUUUAUCCUUUGUCCAUGGCCUUGGGAGCCUAUCAAGCGACAUUUAAGUUAGGAUGUUGGAAUUUUAUAUUUAAAAAUCCUAAUGUUUGUAUUUGUAGAUAUUUUUGUUUGCUUUGAUUUAGAAUUUUUUGUUAAACUUAUUAACAGAUGCUGUACAAUAAGUAUUUAUGCCCUUCUUCAAAUGUGACUAUUAAAAUGGCUGCCUGGUCUGUUACCAGUCUCAGAGAGAACUCAAAUGUAACACAUGUAGAAUGUGGCUUUGUAGAUGU